UUCAUUUCGUAAACACAACAUAAUACGAAAUGAACCGAAUUUUUUGAAACAAAGUUAUUUUAUAAGUUAAUGAACAAACAUGAUUCCAUUAGUAAAAAUUGAUUUAAUUUUAAAUUUGUUAAUUUUAUUCAGUAUAUGUCAUUGUCAACGAUUUGGACAUCCCGCUACUGUAUUAUUUAGAGCUUCUAAUCCUAAUAAUGAAUUGCGUACACAUACAUUUCACCGAUAUGCAGACUUACCUGGAGAAGUUCCAUCUGAAUAUCGUGUUAAACGAGAUGUACUUUCUAAUUCUGCGAACUUGAAUACAAAUUUUUCAUCUGUUUUUCGACUAAAUGAUAGUCAUGAAAGGUUAUCAGUCCACUGGGCAGGCAAAGGAAGUGAUGUUCUCAUUUGUUUGGCUCGGGAUCGCUUACAGAAUACUGCAUCAACAUCUAGUGUCUUCAUUUCGUAUGAUUAUGGAAAAACAUUUGUGGAAAAACAGGCUGAAAACAUGAAAAUAUCUGAUUCUCAACAAUCAAUCAUAUCAAUGUUCUAUAUAAGUCCUGUUAUGAACAAUCAUUAUAUCUUUACUGAUGUUAUUCAUAACUAUAUAUUUACCACAAGAGACUUUGGAAUGUCGUUUGAAAAGCAUUCAGUGCCAUUUGCUCCUGAUAUUAUUUCUAUGCAUCCAACUAAUUGGCAGAUAAUUUUAGGAAUGGACAAAAAUGAUCCUCUAAAAAAGUUGUGGUUUUCUGAUGAUUUUGGUGUUUCCUGGAAAGAAAUUCAACUGCAAGUAAAAGUGUUUUAUUGGGGAGUAGCAGGCAUUGAUCCAGAAAAUACGGUCUUUGUUGAAAGAAUUGAACCAGGAAAUGAUACAACUUUAUUGUCAUCGUCUGACUUUUUCCAAACCAGAUCUAACAUCAAAGAGUUGAUCACACAUAUUGAAGAUUUUGAAGUAUCGGAAAAAUAUCUCUUUGUUGCCAGGAAACAGCAUUUAAUUGGUUCAAAGCACCGUGAUGGCGUUCUUCAGUUAUGGGUUUCUGUUGACCGAGGCUCUUUUAAAAUGGCUGAAUUUCCAACUCAUCUUGAAAGGAAGGAAAUAUUUGUGUAUGAGGCUUCUGACGAGCAGGUGUUUGUUUGUGUCAUGCAUGAUGAAUUAACUACCAAUUUAUAUAUAUCUGAUGUUCAAAGGAUGAAAUUUUCUCUUUCCUUGGAAAAUAUUUUGUAUAUAACAUACCCAAGUACUGAAGGCAGCUUUACUGGUGAGGAGCGUAUUGCUGAUAUUCACAAGGUGCAAGGCUUGCGUGGAGUUUAUAUUGCAACUCAGUUAAAGCAAGGGAAUGCUACAAAUUCUACAUCUGAUAAUUUAAUGACAGUUAUCACUUUUGAUAAAGGUGGAGAAUGGAGUCUACUGAAACCUCCUGUCUCAGAUAAAAAUGGAUCUCCUUUAAAAUGCAAUAUAAAUGAUGGUUGUUCUUUGCAUUUAACACUUAAAUUUAGCCAAUUAUAUCAGAGAUUCCGUACAGUUCCUAUUUUGAGCAAGGAAUCAGCAGUAGGCUUGAUAGUAGCAUCAGGAGUUGCGGGGAAAUCCAUGAAAGGUCAUCCAAGUGUAUUUGUGUCCUCAGAUGCCGGAGUUACUUGGCGUGAAGUUCUUUAUGGAAGCUAUAUUUAUAUGAUUGGUGAUUUUGGAGGCAUUAUUGUUGCAGUAAAAUCCUUCAGCCAUCAAGAGACUGAUGAAGUGAUCUAUUCAACAGAUGAUGGUGAAACUUGGGAGACUAUUAAAUUUUUGCCUGAAGGUGGCAAACCAUUUAGAGUGUAUGGGCUAAUGACUGAGCCUGGAGAGAAAACUACCAUAUUUACUUUGUUUGGUUCAAAUAAGGAUCAUCAUGAAUGGCUGCUUGUUAAAUUGGAUCUUCGUCAUGUUUUCAAACAUGAUUGCAAAGCUGAAGAUUACAAGAUGUGGAGUCCACAUGCACCAAAUCGCUCUUGCUUAUUGGGCCGAGAAGAAAUAUACGAACGAAGAAUUUCUCAUACAUCUUGUUACAAUGGCCAGAAUUAUAAACGUCUUAUAAAAAUAGAAAAUUGUCCUUGUGACAGAGAAGAUUAUGAAUGUGACUUUGGUUUUAAAGAAGAUCCAUCGACAAAUAAAUGUAUUCAAGAUGAUGAAAGUGAAGGAGAUCCAAAUAAAAUAUUAACAACAUGUGUUUCUGGAGGUUAUUAUAAUCGGACAAAAGGUUAUCGUAAAGUACCAGGGGAUACUUGCACUGAUGGUAAUGAUUUCCUAUAUGAACCUGAACGAAAAUUGUGUCCAGUGGAAGAUGGUGCUGAAUUUAUUCUUGUGGCUGAACUUCACCGUAUAAGCAGAUUGGAUUUGAAUUCUGAAACCCCAGAAUUGAUGGAAAUUCCAUUGUUGAAUGUUCACAAUGUGGUUGCAUUGGAUUACAAUUAUGCAAACCAUUGUUUAUACUGGCAAGAUACCAAUGAAGAGAAAAUUUUUAGACAUUGUACUCAUCCUGAUAAAUCCAAUGAAGUUAUUGCCGAAUCCAAUAUGAAAUCUGUUGAAGGCCUUGUUUUAGAUUGGGUUAGCAACAAUAUAUACUUUUCAGACAGAGAAAGAUCAGUUAUUGAAAUGCUAAAAACUGAUUCCACAGUAGGGCAGUUAAGACGAACAGUUUUAAACAGCACUUAUAUUGAAAAGCCUCGAGGAAUUGCUCUUCAUCCUUUAAAAGGGUACCUCUUUGUUGCUGAUUGGAGCCAAACAAAGCCAUCUGUCUCCAGAUCAUACUUGGAUGGUUCUCAUUUUGAAGUUUUAUUCGAUUCUUCAUAUGUUACAUGGCCUAAUGGUGUGACAGUGGAUCUGUCAACUGAUAAAAUUUAUUGGACUGAUGCUAAGAAGGAUUAUAUUGCAUCAGCUGAUAUAGAUGGGAAGAAUAUCAAAUACAUUAUAAGUGAUACAAAGCUUGUUCCUCAUCCAUUUGCUGUGGUUGUAUAUAAAGAUUGGAUCUAUUUUGAUGAUUGGAAUAAAGAAGCCAUUGUUAUGGCUAACAAGCACGAUGGAUCUGGCAUGAAUACUUUAGUUUCUACUUCAGGAAGAGCCAUGGACAUGAAAGUUUUUGCUCCUGGACUUCAAAAAGGUACUGGACCUUGCAGUGGUCCUUUAAAUGGAAACUGUACACAUUUUUGUGUGCCAUAUCCUGAUGGAUCUCAUGUAUGCCUGUGUCCUGAUUGGUCAAUAAAAAAUAAACUCAGCAAUGGGUCUGAAAUCUGUUCUUGUCCUGAUGGAAAUUUUAUGCUGCCUAAUGGAACUUGUAUCGAUAAUGGAACUUCAGUUGCUUGUAAAAAUGAUGAAUUUAAGUGUACUAACCACAAGUGCAUUCCAAAGACUAAGAUGUGUGAUGGCUCUAAUGAUUGUGGUGAUUAUAGUGAUGAAGGAAAGCAGUGCGACUCCACAUGUGAUAGUGGAAAAUUCCAAUGUAAAAAUGGGCAUUGUAUUCAUUCAACAUUUGUUUGUGAUUUUGAUGAUGAUUGUGGGGACAUGUCAGAUGAGCAAAACUGCAAUUAUCCUAACUGCUCUGCUAAUCAGUUUAAAUGUCGUGAUGGGCGUUGUAUUAGAGCUGAAUAUGUUUGUGAUUUUGAUGAUGAUUGUCAUGAUGGUUCUGAUGAAGCUAACUGCACAAGCCCUGAAAAGAAUUGUCGACAUAAUGAAUUUUUGUGUAAAAAUAGUAAGCAAUGUUUGCCAAUGUCUUGGAGAUGUGAUGGUGAUUCUGAUUGUCGUGAUGGCAGUGAUGAAGUAGAUUGUGAAAGUGUAUCUUGUGAGUCUUGGCAAUUUAAAUGUGGCAAUGGGCGAUGUAUUUUUAUCUCCUGGAAAUGUGACACUCAGGAUGACUGUGGUGAUGGAACUGAUGAAGUGAAUUGCACAUCAUCUACUACAAGUUCUACAACAAGUACAACACCCGUUCCUACUACUGCACCUGAGCAUUGUUCUAAUUGGAUGUUUAAAUGUAAGAGUGGAUCAUGUGUUCCAUUCUGGUGGAGAUGUGAUGGUGUCAAUGAUUGUGGUGAUAUGUCAGAUGAAGAUAUGUGUGGAGAUGAAAAAGACAAAUCUUCAACUACAACUCCAAAAUCUCCAGUAUCUACAGAAAACCCUGGGAGUUGUGGUGAAAAUCGUUUCAGAUGUAAAUCAGGAACUUGCAUCUGGAGCUCUUGGUUAUGCGAUCAUCAGAUUGAUUGUCCCGGUGGAGAAGAUGAAGAAAAUUGCAACCCUGAAGUGACAUGUGACGCAGAUUCUUUCCGUUGUGUACACAGCUCUGGUUGUAUAUCUAAUAAACUAAUCUGUAAUGGAAAAGAUGAUUGUGGUGAUGGCAGCGAUGAAUGGGGUUGUAAGCCUGCAAAUACCUCAGUAAUUCCUUUAACUUGCACUUCUUUGCAAUUUAUGUGUGGCACAGGUGAAUGUAUUAGUAUUGACAAACUGUGUGAUAAAAAAGACGAUUGUCCAUUAGGAUAUGAUGAGAAGAAAUGCAAUGACACUGCUUAUGCUUUCAAAGCCCAUAAUCUCCUGGUUUCAAGAGAUUCCAUUAAUUUGCAUGGAUUUAAAGUUCAAUGGGAGCCUCCAGCUGGACAGUCUCAUCUAGAUUUUCAGUAUUUACCCUCUUAUCGUGAAGCUACAUCAUCGGAUUGGAAAAAUAUGACAUGGAUAAAAUCUACAUUUUUUGUCUUCAACAAUUUGACAUCUGGUACAGAUUAUGUUGUUACUGUUUAUACAAGAUUAACAAAUCAUUCUGAAGUUGCACCGCCUACAGAAUUUCUCACUAUCACUACUGAAUGGGAAGCUCCUGAUCCUCCAACAAAUGUUUCGGUAAGCAUAUAUCAUGCUAAGCAUGUUCUGGUGAAAUGGACUCCUCCAACAAAACUCAAUGGCAUCAAUUCUUAUAGAAUUUAUUUUUCACCACCAAAUCCUCCCCACUAUGAAACUGUGAAGGAAAUAAAAACUUCUCAUCCUAUCAAUUUUGACUUCUUGCCAGGUGUUAAUUAUACUUUCUGGAUGACUUCUUUGAAUAGGAAUCUGGAAAGUAAAAAAUCGGAGCCAUUUAUAAUCGAUUUUGCAAAGGAUUCAGUUUUGAGUCCAGUUACCAAUCUUAGUAUCAUGUCUGCUACAGAUAGUCAAGUGACAAUUGUUUGGAAUCAUUCUGUUCACAGAGGCAGUGGAUAUAGUGUUAUUUAUAGGCCAAGUUAUAUCACCGAAACUUUUGCAGAAACUCAGAAUACUACUGAAAACAAAAUAACUAUUAAAGGCCUUGCACCUGGAGCCAAAUACAUAUUUAGAAUUUUGCCCUUCAGUGGACAGUUUAAAGGACCAGAUGAAAAGAUUGAAGUCAGCACAACUGGUACCCCAUUACCAGCUGUUUCAGUUUUGGAUAAGAGGGAAAGUGAUGUGAAUUCUAUCACAUUAUUUUGGGAAGCACCAAAAUAUACAAGACCUAUUCAAUGGACAUAUGGUGUCUACAUGUUUGCCCCAACCAGUAAUGAUUAUGAGAGGAAAGGUAUCACUACAGAUACUAAUUUUACCUUGACUGGUUUAACCCCCUGCACUAUAUAUGUUUUCCAAAUUCGAGUUAUUAAACCCUUGGGAAUUGGACCUGCUGGCAGUGGCUAUGCUGAAACAAAGUUUGACAGAAAAGCUGCUCCUAGGUAUUUGAGUCUGACUUUCGAUUCUCCUAAUCAAAUGGUGAUAAGUUUUGAAGCUUCCUGUCUUCAAGUAGCGUCUGAUAUUGGUUACAGAGUUCGUAUCAGAGACAUGGUUACACAGAGAAUUGACUAUGUAGGCUUAGCUCCGAGGACAGAUAGCAAAAUAUCUUUCAGUCGUGACAUUCACUAUGGUGGUAAAUAUGCUGUGCAGGUUCAAACUGAUGCUGAUCAUUCUGAAAUGUCUGAAGAAGUUGUAUUCCUUGCUCCUUCUUUACCAGUCAUUCCUCAAGUCAAAGCUACAAGGGAGAAGAAUGGCUCUAUUUAUGUGACGUGGGAUGAAGUGAAGUGGCCAGAAGAACUAAAAGAUGAUAAAUUUCUUUACACUGUAUUGUUGAGCAAUGAGGAAGAUAUGUCAUCUGCUACUUCUUAUAAUACAUCAAAGCCACCAUUUUUCUUGCACACUCCUCCAUCAACUUGGAGUAAUGUGUUUGUUAGUGUAAAUGUAGUUGAUGAACAUGGUUAUUCUGGUCCUUUAUCUAAUAUUUAUUCUCUUGGAAGUGAUGAAAGUUAUACAUCCAAGGCAGGUUAUGCAUCAAUACCACAGACUAGUCUUGUAGGCAUUGCUGUUGGUGUGGCAGUAAUCUUCAUUUUAUUGAUAAGCACAUUAAUUAUAUUUGUUGUACGUCACAGGCGCUUACAAAGAAGUUUCUUGUCUUUUGCUAAUAGCCAUUAUGAUACCAGAUCUGGUGCUACCACUUUUAGUACUGGUGAAGAGCUAGAUGAGGAAGAAGAAUCUCCAAUGAUUCGUGGAUUUUCUGAUGAUGAGCCACUUGUGAUUGCAUAAAUAGUUUGACAUGAUUGAACAUAAGUUCAUUAUGACUGCUGAACAUAAGUUCCAGCUUACCGUUUUUUUUUAAUUGUUAUUAUUAUUGAGAGAAAAUGCUUUAAUAUAUGCAGCAUACUUGUGGUGAUUUUUUGCACAUCAGUAAUUGUUAGCAUAAGUAUUUUUGAAGAAAGAACUUUAUAAUGAUUGCAUAUGUUUAAAUUUGAGAAAAUUCUUGACAAGUUGUGAAGAAAUGAUUAGAAAAAAUGUGGCAUGUAUGUAAGUGUUGUGAGUACAAAAUGAAAUUUUUAUCAAUUUGAGACAAAAACAUACUAAAUUUUAAAAUAAAAUUCAAUUCUUUUGUGAUAAGAAUAAUAGAGAUUAUAAUUUAAUCAUUUAAAAAAAAUUAUAAUUACUAAUUGGAUUUUAACUAGUGAUUCAAUCUUAUGAUUACUAAUUAAUUCAAUUUGAUUUUUUUAUUUUGAUAUGAUGAGUAAGACUGAGAUUUCAGACAGUGAAAUUUCAUAUAUUUUAUACAUUUAAAUAACAAAUUAAAGACAAAUUGUUUAAACGAGCUAUUUAUUGUGAAUAUGUAUUUAUUAAUCUGAAUUUCUGUCUUAUAUAAAUCACUUCAACAUUUGUAAAUUUCUAAAAUAUAAUCUUUGCACAUAGUACAAUUUUUAUAUCACUGAUUAAUUAA